AUGUCUCGUAUGCAAACGGAAAAUCGUGCCUAUUUUAAAACCCUACUGGUGCACACCUUUCGGGACGUGAUGCUUCUCUCGCAGUGGUGCUGCACAGCUCCGUAUCCAUUGGAUCCGUACCAACGCACUACACGCUACCGACAAACGAUCAUUAAGAAACUGCGCCGCGUUGUAUCCGUCGUUCUGCUCGCUGUCCUCUUUACUGCACCCUUCAUGCUGUACUUUCUCGAUUCCGGACAGAUCUACGUGUACAGUAUACCGCUAUCAAUCAAACUGAUGUACUACGUACAAACUGCAAUACAAACCAGCUCAAUGGCAUACGUUCUGCUAGUAUACCAAUUCCGGACCAAUAUUCAUCGUUUCUACUUUGACCGGCUCGUGUGCGUGUUGGAAGAGUUCGGACGGCCGGACAUUGACGCUCGUUUACGUACACUGCGUCGAAACGUCCGUCGAACGCUACCAGCCAUUCUGCUGUACAUCGUCCUUACACUUGCGUCAUACAUUCUGCGCGAACAAUCAUGGACAGCAGUGCUAAAGAUUGUGAUUUUUCUAGCUGCACAAAUGAUGUCGACAAGCUUUACGCUUCUGUACGUUACCGUGCUAGGAACAGUGUCCAUACUGUUGCGCCAAAUGAAUGACACACUAGAAAGCAUUCUUGGCGGUGUAGCAACAAAUGGAAAAACGAUAAAUAAGCCCAUAUCGCUCAUCGCCAAACCCGUGCACCUGACGCGAGAUGACGAACGGACGGUGGAAAAGAUACGCCACCUGCAGCUUAAACUUCUACAAAUAGUACUGCGUAUCAAUGGUGGAGAGUAUGGUCAGCUGUUGAUUAUGAUUCUGCUGGCCACAUUUAUUUUCCUCAACACUGAGCUGCUGCAGCUGUAUCAAGGCAUUAAAGCGGGAGCAUUUUCGUACGCCGUGAUCGGUUCGAAGUUGCUCAAUUCUGCGUACAAGAUCGGUAUGCUGUUUUUGUUUGCCUAUCCGAACCGAAUGAUUCAAACUCAGAACAUACGUGGCCUUAAGGUGCUGUAUGAGCUCAACAAGCCGGGAAACGAUCCUCGAUGUAUUGAUAUUACGAAUCGCUUCUUAUCGCAGACAUCGCUUUUUCUCGAAAAGGCACAUGAAGUUUAUGGCAUGAUUUCUAUCGAUAUGACGUUGAUCUUGAGUGUCGUUGGAGGGUUGACUAAUAUUCUCGUAGUACUGGUCCAGUUCGCCGAUGCAAAGCCUGCACCCACCUAA